AUGAUGACCUCGCAGACUCUGCUUUUCGCUUUUCUUGCUGCCUUGCUGGUAGUGUCACUAUUGAUUGUCUUCAUCCUUCUUGAGGAAUACGGAUUUUGCAGUGGCACUGGUCGCCACACGAGACUUCAUGGAACUGAGGAUUCCUCGACCAAACGUGAAGAGAAUCCAGUUGUGGAAAUCGAAAUGACGGAGUUCAAUCGUAUCUCGGAGGAUGAUAUCGAACAAUAG